UCGGCUCCGAGGCACCAAUAUGGCGGCGCCCUGUGGCUCCUCACAGCUCCCUGCCGCCGAGUCCCCGGCGCUGAAGAUCCCCAAGAUGGAGGUGCUCUCGCCGGGGUCCCCGGGGGCGCUGAGCGAUGGCAACCCCAGCCUCUCGGACCCCUCCACGCCCAGCGGAGCCUCCCCUCUGGGCCCCGCCGGCGGCGGCGGCACGGGCUCCGCGGCCGCCGCUGCCUCGGCCGCCGCUUCCUCCGGGGGCCGCGGGGGCGCCUCGCCUUCGGCCUCCUUCUCCCCCGGAGGCACCGCCUCCUCCGCCGCCGCCGCCGCCUGCAGAGGCAUGUCCUGGACGCCGGCCGAGACGAACGCCCUGAUCGCCGUCUGGGGCAACGAGCGGCUGGUGGAGGCCCGGUACCAGCAGCUGGAGGGCGCCGGCACCGUCUUCGGCAGCAAGGCCCCCGGCCCCGCCAUGUACGAGCGCGUCUCCCGGGCCUUGGCCGAGCUGGGCUACGAGAGGACGCCCUCGCAGUGCAGGGAGCGCAUCAAGACCCUUCGCAGGUGUUACAGCCGAGUGAAAGAACAUGGUGUUGGGAAAAGGAAAAGCAGUUACACGUUUGAACAGUUGGAGCAGGUCUUUGGUCAAGGAGGAUGGGACUCUCAACCUUGCCAACCAGUGCUUAUCAACAGUAGUGGCCUAUACCAAGAGCUUGAGUCAGAUGGCAGUACAAUGGAGGAGUUCUCCCAGGAUGAAUGGGGAAACCAUAGUCAGGAACUUCAUUGCUACCAGUCAGGAGACCAAGAAUUGGAUGAAAUGCCUGCUAUGAAAAAAUCUUUGAAGAUAAAGCAGGAAACUUCUGAAGAAUCACAGAAACGUGAUAUGAUGCAGAAUAUUGUGCAGAUCUUGGAAUCCGUCCAGUUAAAGUGGGAAAUAUUUCAGAGCUGGACAGACUUCUCUAGGUUACAUCUUUCUAACAAACUGGCUAUAUUUGGCAUUGGAUAUAACACACGGUGGAAGGAGGAUAUUCGUUACCACUAUGCUGAGAUCAGUUCCCAAGUUCCCCUUGGCAAGCGACUCCGGGAAUAUUUCAACUCGGAAAAGCCAGAGGGCAGGAUAAUUAUGACCAGGGUACAAAAAAUGAACUGGAAGAAUGUUUACUACAAAUUUCUAGAGAUCACUAUUAGCGAAGCCCGGUGCCUAGAGCUACACAUGGAGAUUGACUGGAUACCUAUUGCUCACUCCAAGCCAACAGGUGGAAAUAUUGUCCAGUAUUUAUUACCUGGGGGUAUUCCAAAAAGCCCUGGUCUGUAUGCCAUUGGUUAUGAAGAUUGUCACAACAAACCACAGUCUCCUGAUCAUGAGACGAUAAGCCAAGACCCUGAAAAUGAAACCCAUGGGGAAGUGGAAAUGCAGUUGACACAAACUUCUGUCAAAGUGGAGAUGCAAUCUACCCGAAUCAUAUAUUGUUACCUUGGCAUUGCAGAGGUUAGAACUCUUCAGCAGUGCUUGUUCUUACACUUUCAGGCAAACACCAAAACCUUCAGCAAAGAGUGGGUUGGAAUCAAUGGAUUUUUAUCUCAAAACUGCAUUGUGGACCCAGGGAUUUCUCCCAAAUCCAUCUACAUUAAAUUUGUGGAAGUGGAGAGGGACUUUCUUUCUGCUGGCUCAUUGGUAGAGUGCCUGGAAAAAGCAAUUGGAUAUCCCUUGAAAUUUAACAACUAAAUCUUAUCCUUCAUAAGGAUCAAAACGUUGACUCCUAUGUGGCAUUCGGACAUGUUUGACAGUCCAAGACUGAUAAAGUAAGCCUUUGUGAAGAACUUGAACAACAACAAAAAAUCACACUUGGUGGGGAUUUUAGAAAACGUGUGUCCCGAGUCAGUAAAAUAUACAGCUUACUUGCUGAUUUUGUAAAGCGAAGACUUUGAAAGGGAGCCUUGUAAAUACAGUGACUGUUGGUACAUUCCAUGUUGGACGAGCGUACACUUUACGUUUCAUACGAAAAGCUGUUUUCCACAAUGUCUCAUUUUUACACAUCUGUCUAUCUAUAAGUGUUAUUACGAUUAUGUAAUAAAUAAGCAAUAGAUAACGGCGAAUUUAAACUUGGGGUCACAUGAGACUGCUUUUCAGUGCCACUUUUAACCUCUCUUGUAUAUAAGUUAGCAUUUCACGCCUUUUCUCCCAUCAAGUGUUUUUAAUAUUUCCAACCAGUGUUGCCUGCAAAAAAACCCUUCUGUUCCUGUGAUGUAUCCCACUUUACUAGUAGUGUUGCCAUAUCAACUUUUUGUUUUUGGUUUUGUUUUGUUUUUUUUACAUUAAAGUAAUCCCGGUCUUUUUUU